AUGGGGAGCAUACUGACCUGUUGUGUGUGCCCCAAGGUCAGCCCCGACUUGGACCAGCAUGAGAGGUCAGGGUGUCGCUCUCAAUCUGAGGUCUGUGAGGCAUCAGCUGAGGACACGAUAGCAGCAGCGCCCACGGCUGCUGCUGAAGAGUCUGCCAAAUUGAUUGUUGAAGCUGGUGAGGGCCUUCAUGUGCACCACAUCCAUGACCGGGAGAUGCCUGAAGAUAUGGCUUCAGAGUCCAACCCUUCCCACAAUCUGGAGACAAGCACAAUAUUCCUGACAAAAUCUCAAACGGAUGUUCAAGAAAUAAGAAAAAGCAACUAUACAAACCAUGUAAGUAAACAGUCAAAAGUAUCUACUCGGCAAUAUAGUUCCUGUUCAGCCAUUUUCCUUGAUGACAGCACAGCCAGUCAGCCUCAUCUUAGAAUGACACUAAUGUCUGUGACCUUAGCGAUAUAUUAUCAUAUCAAGCAAAGAGAUGCAGAUAGAUCUUUGGGCAUAUUUGAUGAAGAGUUACAUCCAUUUACACAAGAACAGAUUCCACAGGAAUACUUGCUGUAUGAUCCUGAACACAAAGUGAUUUUCAGAUUUGUUAACACUCUGUUUAAAGCUGCAAGGCUAACGGCUGAAUUUGCAAUCGUGAGUCUGAUUUACAUAGAAAGACUUGUAAGUUAUGUUUCUAUCGACAUUUGUCCAACCAACUGGAGGAGGAUUGUCUUGGGAGCCAUUCUUACUGCCUCCAAGGCUUGGAGUGAUACACCUUUGUGGAAUGAGGACUACUGCAAGUUCUUUGACAAUGUUACAGUUAAAGAAAUGAAUGAGUUGGAAAGGCAAUUCUUGAAGCUAAUUAUUUACAAUAUCAAAGUUUCUGUCAGCAUUUACACCAAAUACUACUUUGAUCUUCGCACUUUGGCACAUGACCACGGCCUGCAUUUGCCUGUUUCUCUUCUUGACAAAGAAAGAGCAUGGAAGCUGGAGGCUUUUUCAAGGAUGGGAAAAGAUGGAGAUGUAUAUCGUGCUGCCAAGAACAGGUCUUUGAGUGCUGAUGAUUUAAUUAAUCUUCAGCGCGCUAAGGCCAUCCUCUCCUGAAGGAAGAAAUGAGGGGUAAUGUAACAUCUGAACCCCUCAUCAAAAAAGACAGGAAAAUACCACCUUUCCUGCUA